AAGUUGUUACACAAUGAAGUUUUGUCUGAUAUUUGUUUCUUUUUCAGAAGAACAACAGAAACAUUCAUCAACUAAUAUUAAGUUGUUAUACAAUGAAGUUUUGUCAGAUAUUUGUUUCUUUUUCAGAAAAACAAGACCAAAGCUGACACUGGCAUUGUUUUUGGAGAUAGCUUUGAUUUCUUUUGUGGGGUAUACUUGUUUCUUCUAUACGUAAAUAUAAUUCAAAUGAGAUCCAAGAGUAUCAAUUUAAGCACUGAAAUUUCUUUUUAUGCUUCAUUUGAUUUGAUGAAUAACAGCAUUGCCUUGACCAUGAACAUGUACCUUGCAAGCUUAAGAUAUACUUCCACCACUUUUGUCACAUCAAUGUUCAACACCAUUGCUUCCUUGACUUUUGUAAUUGCAAUCAUACUUAGGAUGGAGGUUGUUGAUGCUAGGAGCUCUCGCGGAAUAGCCAAAAUUCUUGGGACCUUAAUUUCAUUAGCAGGGGUCACCACCCUUACCUUAUACAAGGGACCUGCUUUGCAAAGUAUGAAAGGUGCUCUGGUUCACAUCAAUAGAGGUUCUAUUCAUGAGAACUGGACUAGAGGGUCAAUUCUUGCUGUUGUUUCCUGCAUUUCAUGGUCUUUAUUUUACAUUAUGCAGGCUGUUACAUUGAAGAAAUAUCCUGCACAGCUUUCACUAACAGCAUGGAUGAAUUGUAUCGGGGGAGCUCAAUCAGUAGUCUUCGCAAUACUAUUGCAACACAAACUGGCUGCAUGGUCAAUUAGGGAUGAAAUUGAAUGGCAGGCAAUCGUAUGUUCUGGUUUAACAUUAGUCGCAACACUCUGGUGCAUGAAACAAAAAGGGCCAGUCUUUGUGACCAUGUUUAGUCCCCUCGGUACAGUAAUGGCAGUGUUUUCAACCUACUUUAUAGUAGGAGAGAAACUAUACACAGGAAGCAUACUUGGUGGAGCCAUUGUUAUAAUUGGCCUUUACUUGCUGUUAUGGGGAAAGGAAAGAGAUCAAGUUUUCAUCAAGACACAGGAGCAACCCCUUUCGCCUUGUAAUGAGCCAGAGAUAACCAAAACAGACACCAUGACUCUGACAGAAAGGGUUGCACCAUAAAAUGAAUGCAUGAUGAGAAAUUUUAGCCUGCUUAGAUUUGCAGCGGCAAAGAAUAACAGCUCAGACAAUAUUAUAAAGAAAUCAGUCUUCUUUCAACUUUAGCGGCAGCAGAAUAGCACAUUGAAUGAAUAUAUUUAAUUCAA